UUGAGAAUAGCCGUCUGUCAUACAGCCUACAGUAAUAUCCCAGUUUGAUAGUGCAUAUAAUUAAUGCCAUUUGAACUCGAUUUUGAUAUGGUGCGUUUUGGUGAUAACAAGUUACUAUUUAUAGAAAUGCACCAUCAAAGACUGGCUGCAGGAUAAGAUCGAAAACUGCAACAGGGACAUUUGGACUAUUUCCUCGGGAUAUAUCAUGACUAACCUGACCGAGGUGACAGUAUUAGAAUCUGUGGUCUCGUUGACAGAGCCAGAACAGGUUGAAGAUGAGGAGCAAUGGCUUUAUGGGGAGGAACCCUCUAAGAGAGCAAAUGAUUCGGGUGAAAUCCCUGCGGUUGUCGAUGCCUAUCUGCCGACCUCAAUGGGCCACUCUGGGGGGAAUCAGCCUCUCGCUCAGGACGCCAACAUUCCUGGAGGUGAUGAAGAGGAUGAGGACAGUGACAGUGAUGAUGAGGAUGACGUGAAGGUCACCAUUGGCAACAUCAAAACGGGAGCUCCAUCCUACAUGGGACCAGCAAUGAAUCUCAGCUUAAAACCAGCCAGAGGCUAUGGUCUAACCACAGCAACCAAGCUACCACCCAAAGGAAUCAAUGCAGAGUUACUCACAGACUAUAACAUAGUGCCAGUUGUUGAACCAGAAACAGACAUCUUGAAAGACAAACCUUGGAAAAAGCCAGGUGCUGACCUUUCAGACUACUUCAACUAUGGCUUCAACGAGGAGACAUGGAAAGGCUACUGUGAGAAACAGCGCAGACUACAGCUUGGCCUGGGGCCCAGCAUCCUACUCAGUAUUGACAAGAUGACAGUUCCGCAAGCAAGGGUAACAUUGGAUGACACAGAAGCACCAUCUGUUAAAAAUGACUUCAAAUCAGACUUCCCUUCUCCUUCAGUCAUGGCCCUGACCACUAACAGGCUGAAGGCAGGACCGCCGCCAAACAGGAAAAUGGGUGGAACAAUCGACGUGAUUGGUGGACACACAGGAGCCAUUCGACGAGUUGAAGGACGAAGGAGAGAAAUGCAGGAACAGAACCCUAUUCAGGUACUUGGAGACCACAUCAAGCCAAAAUCCAUUGUCCCUACAACAGGACCGCCUCCUUCUUCCAUAGGCAUGCCGCCUCCACACUUCCUCCAUCCCCCUCCAUCUGUGCCUGGGAUGCCCCCUCCUGUUCCUCCUCCAGGUAUUCCUCCGCCUUCCAUUGCAAGUCUGUUCCCACCUCCCCUUGCUCCUCCGCCUACUCUAAUGAUGCCCCCUGCCGAUAGUAAUAGACCACUUCCUCCUCUAUUUGGAUACAAUCGUGGAGACUCCAGUUUCACCAACUAUCCUCCAGUCACAUCCUCACAAAUGUCCUGGGGUUCACCCAUGGACAAGGGGCCUAGCAUGGACGGGGGUUGUGGUCAUUGGGACUAUCAAGGCCAAAGGGAAAGAGACAGGGAAAGAGAUCGAGAGAGGGACCAUACCCCCACCACCAGUGAAUAUAACGAGGACGGCCGUUACCACUACUACGGCCAUGAUCGAGAAGGCGACCGGGAGUACGAUUGUAGUUACCACGUCCCUCAUGACAGCAGUCGUGGACGAAGCCGGGACAGGGAGCAGCAUUCGCGGGACAAAAGACAUAGUGACAAAGAGGAAAGUAGCAAGCACAAGUCUUCCAAACGUAAACCGCAUGAUGAUGAGGGUGACGGCCAUCGCAGACACAAGCAUAAGAGAAGUAAACGAAUCAAAGGAGAUAAGGAGGCCCUUGUGGAUACGUUGGAGGAGUACAAUGACUAAAACUGCUGCUUACAGUUGCUACAUGGCUACUUCAAACUUUGUUGAAUAUUUCCCAGGCUCUGAACACUUUAUAUACUGAAAAUGUUCCAUACAUUUCUUAUUUCCUUUAGAUUCCCAUGAUAGCCCCAUCUUUGCCUCUCUUGUUGUUAUUGUAUACUGCAUUAUAUCAACGGAUAGAAAUCAAUUUUAACACUGUUACUUUUGACACUAACCUUGUAGAAACAGGGCGAUAAUCAUGUAUAAGUGUACACUGUCUUGAAUAAAUGUCCUGAAUCUUA